AUGUUUGGGGCUCGGAAAAUAACAGUGUUUGUUCGAAACGCAUUUAGUGCGCAAGAACCUCCGCUUGCCGCCAAAUGGAAACCCCCAAGCGAAGCAAUAUUUCCGAGGCAUAAACAGUGCGAAGUUUAGUGCAACUGCAACUGUUCGCGAUUGCGCUACGUGCGCUGCGGUUUCCUGCUGUUCAAAGUGCUGCAAUUCGCGCGAUUUCGACGCCAUGCCGUUGGAGCAAAUGCACUGUUGAUUGACUGGCCACUCGGGAGGAAAGAGGAUUAAACGGCUUUAACAAUGCACUCAAAUCUGUGGAUAUUUAUUUGGCGCCGGAAACUUUCCUUCCUACUCGUCGCGUCUGGCCUGGUGCUUCUCGGCCUCUGGACAUGGGCCAUACUAAUCGAUACGUCAGCCGCAGCACAGCCCUCUGCCGGCCUCUCCAGUUCUGAGCGCCAGCAGCCCCAGCAGUCCACGGGCUACCAGCAGGUUCACAUCAUCCAGAAGCUGAUCGAGCAGGCCAACCGGGUGCUGAGAGCCGAGCGACUCAAGGAUAACGCCGUCGAGAAGUCGCCUUCGCCAGUCCAGCGGCUGGGAAACGUGCGAUUCCUGCGGCCCACGCAGGCCAAGAAGGGCCCGCUGCCCAUGUCCGAGAGCUUCCUGUUCGAGCAGGAACGCCUCAAGAUUCUGGAGCAGCAGCAGCGCCAGAGAAACGCCGGUAUGGAGGAACUUAACGCCAAUGCAGAGGACGAGCGAAUGCUCACUUCGGCGGAGCGACAGACUCAGUACGAGCACGAGCUCCAGCGGAUGGGAGUGCCGGUGGUGGCUGGCAUCGGGCCGGAUGGUCCGAGAGCUCCCGCCGAGCGUCUGGUCCAUCUGGAUCUGAAGGGUGCUCCGCCCAAGCUCAGCUUCCUCAAGCAACUGCUUCCCGUGCUGCGGGCCCUGGGAGCCACUGGUCUGCUCAUAGAGUACGAGGACAUGUUUCCCUACAGCGGCGUUCUCCAGCCGCUGGCGGCGCACAAUGCCUACAAGGAGGACGAACUGCGGGACUUUCUGGAGUGCGCUGCCCUACACGGGCUGAGUGUAAUGCCCCUCGUCCAAACGUUUGGUCACAUGGAAUACGUGCUCAAACUGUCUGGGUUUGAGCAGCUGCGAGAGCUGGCCGAGAGUCCACAGUCGAUUUGCCCCAGCCAGCCGCAGAGCAUGGCGUUGCUGGAGCAGGUGCUCACCCAGGUGAUCGAACUGCAUUCGCAGUGCUUGGGUCAGGCGACGCCCGCCUCCGAAGUUCCCGUGGCGCCAAUCCGAUUCACCCACAUCCACAUUGGCUGUGACGAGGUGCAGCGCAUGGGCGAGUGCAACAGCUGCCGCCAGAGGCUGCGCAGUGAGCUCUUUCUCUCGCACGUGGUCAGCAUGGCGCACUUCAUCCGCCGCCAGUGGCCGCAGCUUGGAGUGGUAAUCUGGGACGACCAGUUGCGAUCGAUGUCCCUCAGCGAGCUGCAGCACUCGCAAGUGGGCAGCUACGUGGAGCCGAUGGUGUGGGUGUAUGCCAGUGACAUAUACCGCUACAUCCAGCCGCAGCUGUGGGAUACCUAUGCCAAGGUCUUUCCCAGCGCCUGGACGGCGUCCGCUUUCAAGGGAGCCUUCGGCGAGAGCUUGCUGGUGCCGCCGCUGCAGCAUCAUCUUGAGAACAACAUCCGCUGGCUGGCAGUGAUCGCCAAGGAAGGCGGGCGCUUCUCGAAGGGAUUGCGAGGGCUGGCCCUGACCGGAUGGCAGCGUUACGAUCAUUUCGCAGUACUCUGUGAACUUCUACCGGUAGGCAUUCCCAGUCUGAUGACGUCGCUGUCCACCGUCUCCAAGGGCUACUUCAGCACUAAUCCGCGGGACAAUGAGCUGCUGCGCGUGCUGCAGUGCGUCUUCCAGCCGGACAGUCGGCGAUCGGGUCGACCCUGGUUGGAACUACAUCCAAAUGCCCAUCACAGCCAGCUCUUUGCUGUCUGCAACUACCCGGGUCACCUGGUUUUCAAAUAUGCCCUGCGCCUGUACGACAAGCUGGCCGAGAUCGGUCUCUAUUUGCAGCAGACUCGUGACCAGAGCGCCUGGCUCUCCGACUACAAUGUGCGCCACAACUUCAGCUCACCGCUAAGGGUGCGCGAACUGACUGGCAGGACGCCCAUGCUGAUCGAGGAGCUGCGGGCCAUGGCGCGGGAGGCGCAGCAGCUGCUGUGGGAGGUGUACGAUGAGUACACGGUGACGGAGUUUGUGGAGCAGCACAUUUAUCCCACCAUCGAGGCACUGCAGCGCCAGUUGGCCAGGGCGGAAAUGCUGCUCCAGCGACGCACUUGGCCACAGAGACCACUUCCUCUGCCCUUGAAAGUGCAGGAGGACAUGGGACUGGUGACGCACCAGCAGCAGCCACAAUGAGAGGCGCCAGCCAAAACUAGCCAAUUUCCAAUUGGCCUCGGCCCAAUUAUGAGUUUUUCUGCUUUAAUGGACUAAUCGCAAACUGGCUGGCGGUUCCUGCUCUUGAUCUUAGUCUACUCGCAUAGUGAUGGCGUUCGAAACGCCCAAGCCCAGCAUCCUGGCUUAUAAGCCAGGAUAAUACGAAUGUUAACAGCAGCAGCGGCUUCUCGGCCCAAAAUACAUAAUGGUAACAUUAGCCACUUGUAAUACUAAUAACAUCAAAUGUUCAUUUUUUCAAGACUACUUUGUAAGCAGCAGCUCAAUUAUACAAAUGUAGAACAUAUUCAUACUGUAAUAAAACAUAAAUCAAAACCUUU